AUGGCAUCAAUCUUUGAUGGAAACUGUUCAUCGUACUGGUCGUAUUCACCAUAUUCAUACAAUAACAGUUAUGAUACACCAUCUUCAAACUCAUCAUAUUACGAAUCAUCGAUUUGUUCAACGUCACCACGUACGGUUAUGUAUCCUGCCUAUGAUCAACAACUGUCUUGCUUUUAUUACAAUGAUAUGGCUUAUCCUUGCCUUCAGUUUACUCCACCAUCGCCACCAAUUGUACCAUUCUCUCAGAUUGUCAAUGUUCCAUCUGUAUCACCUCCACUGCCUCGUCCAUCAACAAAUCUUCCCAAUCGAUUGCAAUAUACAAAUCGUCAACGUUGGUUACUCAAUGAAAUAUUCGAACAUGUACCUUAUCCUAAUAGUAUUCAAAAGAAUGUUGUCGCCGAUCGAAUAGGAGCUACACGCGAACAAAUUCGUAUUUGGUUUCAAAAUCGUCGACGAAUUGCUGUACAAAGUCAUCGUCCAACAUCACGGCGUAGUAAUCCAGUACCUGUCGAUAAUGGUCCAUCGAUUCAAUUGGAACUUGAACAAAUUUUAGCUGAUCUUGAUUUACAUAAGAAUGCUCCACAACGUAUGCCUAUUGGACAAAACUCAUCUUCUCGACGUGUUCGUGUAUUGAAAAGAUAA